CUCUCAUUUACACUAUUUUCCUCCGCGCUUACAAAAGAAAUUCAAAAUCAUACUGUUUCGCGUAAUAAUACUGAAAAAACGUCGAGUGUUUCUAGUUAAAUUUCUUAAAAAAUUAUUGUAAAACAAUAUGUGCACAUAAUUAAAAUAAUCAAAGUUACAAAAAUGGAAUUUUGUCACGCAGACGCAGUAUUACCAACGCCGCCAGUACCACCUCGUCGUAAAAAAAAUAAAGCUCGACCAAAGGAACCAAUUUCGCUUCCAAUAAAAUCACAAUUUUCGAGUUCUGGGUCAAAACGCCGACCAGCUCCUGCACUUCCUCCAGCUGCCUCGCAAAAAAUAGGAAGAACAACGACGUCGUUUCAUCCAAACGAAGGUCAUUCAUCUAGCACUGGUUCAAGUAGUCUACAGUACGCACCCGAAAGCUUGGAUUCGACAGGAAGUAAUAGUUUGAUAAGUUGUCCAGUAAAAGUAGCACCUAGUAAACCACAACGUAGUCCAAGAAAUAAACAUGCAGAAAAUUCGAUUCGAAAUGAUGUGCAAAUCAGCCGAGUUAAUUCGCCAUUUAUCUCGUCUCGAGAACCGAGUCCUUACCCGCCGCUAUUAUUUACGUUAGAAGAUUAUGAAUCUGUUAUGGAGAAAUCUUUAACAGCUCAAGAGAGUCUUAUAGAAAAGAACGUUAACAACCACAAGUCUUUGGAAAUUAAGUCUGAUUUGAAGGAAACAGAGGUAGUAGAAGAAAUCUCCCUUCCAACAGAGAGCACAAGUUUACCGAAUAUGCAAUUCAGUAGUGAAAGGGAGGAAUUUUAUUUUUGCAUAACAACGACCGAUAAGCCGUUUCAAAAAAAUCUCGGUAGUUGGGGAUUAUCGCUCGAUGACGAUACCAUAGAUAAAUCGGAAGAAGAACAACAUUCAGGUGCUCAUAUAUUUGAAGAUUACAUCGAUCGUAGCAACCGAAUGAAUGCCAGACCAGACUUAUUUUCUAAAGAUUUCACUUCCCUUGAAGAUGUUUCGACUGAGAGGACGGCAACGAGAGUUCGAUUUGUCGUAGAAUCUCCGAGUACAUCUACUCCCGAUGCUGAUCUUAUGGACGACGGAAUAACAUACAAAGAUUUCUUUGAAAAAAAAUUUGCCGAAGCUGAACGUUCGACGGUCAAAUUGACUGAAGUAACAGAUGAUGACGUAAGUGAUUUGGAAAAUGACUCUUGCGAUGAUAAAAAUUUUAAUGAAAAUUCAGAAGUGUUGGCAGAUAAUAAAAUCGAGCCUAAAAUACAAUUUCAACUUGGUCCAAAAGUCGAAAAAUCUCGUUAUGGUGAGUUAUACGUUGAUGCAGAAAAAGAUAGUGAACAAGAUAUUAGCGGUACAGUGGAUGUAAGGGAUGAAGUUGACAAUAUACUAAAAUUAUCAUUGGAAACUGAUGAUGCGCCCGAAGAACAAAUUAAGCCGAAUAAAAAAGUGGAAGAAAAUAAAAGUUGCAUAGAUUGUGUUAAUAAAAGUGAAAAUAAAAUAUAUAUUCAUCCAUCGCUUUACCAUUUAUUAAACGAUGAUGAAGAUUGGGAACAAUAUAUCGAUGAUACAGUAGAUGAUGUAAAAUCAGAUAAUGAAUGCGACAUUAAAGAAAUUAUUGAUGAUCUCAAAUGUAACGAGACAAGCAGUGAUAUUAAAAAUGAGCAAACUAAUUCAUCAGAAAAUCCAGAAAAUUCCGAGAUACAAUCAGUUUUGAAAGAAGAACAAGGGUUGUCAGAAAGUAUACGUCGGAAUGUAUUUCUAAAUACUAUGUUGGACGAUCAUAAUUUUGAAAAAAACUCGUUGACGGAGAAAAGUGCAAACUGUGAAGUGAUAGCCACUCACCCUAAACCGGCACCAACUCCUUUUACGACGGACGAGCAAAACUCUGAACAGUUGUCUGAUGCAAUUUUAGUCACAGAUGAAGCAGUGCCAAGUAACAACAGCAAGAAGAUUACAUUAAAAGAAACUGGCGCGCCGCCAAAUUCCCAGAACAAAAUGGAAACGUUACCAAGCGGUAAUAAAUCAGUUGGAGAAGCUAGAAGCGACAUGCUGAACGAGCUCUUGACGAACUUCGAAUCGAUUAAACUGAAAUCGGUCAAAAAUCUAGUCGAUAAUCUACCGAUUAGUUCGGAAGAGACGCAAAAAGACACACCUCCGAUAAAUUCAGUGACACAAAAGACUGAUGUAGCCCCCGACGCAACGGAAAUCUUUGUUCAGAAAACUACUACUAGCUUACGUUCUCGAUCGAAGAAACCUGCAGUAGCGACUGAGAGCAGAGGUACCGAUCCGAUACCGGACGUACCGAGUGCCAUAAUCGAUGAAACUCUCAAUUCUCAGCGUAGUGAUAACGACAAUAAGGCCAUGGCAACCGUAGACUGCAAUGACCAAUCCAGCGAGUCUAUAUCCAUAGCUCCCGGUAGUGUAAAAAAUUUCGUUAUGUAUUACGAGAUUCAUAGCGAGCUGAGCACUGUAUAUAAAAUGGAAGAAAGCGCCUUUAGUAGGCGCAAGCACGAGCUCGCCAAAGAAUACAAAAAGCUGCAGCAAGGCAGCGAUAAAAAAUCCAUCAAAUCUGGUGAAAAGGUUAAAAGCAAAUUGCCCAAUUUGCAAUUGCUACCCGAUAAAAAGAAGAAAAAUGACAAAGCAGUGGAGAAUACGAAAAGCAAAAGUAAGGUUGUGGAUCACGUCCCGACGCCUUGUUUGAAAAACGUCGUUGCCAACCAACCCAAGUCGGAGAGGAAAAAGAGCGUGCAAUUCGACGGCGAAUGCAAAGUUAUCACUCCGAGAAAAAAAGACAAGAAGAAAGACGAAGAAGAGGGUACUUUUUCGACGUUUAUCGGUGGGAUUAGGACGAGACUGAAAAGAAAUGCCCCGGCUAAACCGGAAGCUAAAAAAGCUGAAUGUUCGAAAGGAUUGAAGUUAGACCCGUGCCCGGCUGAGGCUGCAGCCAUUAUUUGUAUUCAGAAGUCUCCAGAAGCGCAUGCAUUAAAAUAUCCAUCGAUAUCAGGUAACAGAAGCUUUCUACCGCCCAAUAAGACCUUGCCAGACAACCAAACCAUUGUGUUUUACUGCACUGUAUAAAAAAGUAGAUUUUAUAUGAGGAAAAACUUCCUAAAAAUUCCUACACAUAAACUACUAACGUAGAAAAUCGGAUAGUAGCUAAUCGAAUGCAAAUAAAGCUUUUAUAUUAAUUUAUUAUUUGUAUUUUAUAUUAAUACGGAUGUGCAUGUACUGCUGAGAUGUUAUUAUAAACAUUAUGAUGUACGUAAGUGUAAGUUAGACAGCGCUACAAAUAGGCAAAAAGUUAUAUAUGAAGCGACUUUUUUUUAAACUCCGAAACUUAUGCGUACCAUUGUGGAAGAUAAAGUUCUUGAUUCCUCGUGAUAUGUCUCGUAAUAUAAUGAAAAUAUUUUAAUUGUUUGUAAAUAAUAAUAAACUAUUAUUUAUGUAAGUGUAAUUAUAUAGAAUCUAAAAAAUGUAGCUGCUGGCAGAUAGAAUAGGUUUUAUCAAUCGAAAUAUUUAACGAUAAAUAUAUUUAAUUACAGAUCAUAACUAAUCUGUUUUAAAAGUAAACCGAUAUUAUAAGAAAGUUCAUUCGUGCAAUUUAAAUGAGAAAAUAAACUAAUAGAAUGUUACGUAUUUAUUUCUACUAUUACGUGCCUCUUUAUAAGUAUUAUUACUCAUUAUUGUUUGUUAUAUUAGUUCAAUCUAGCGCUAGUGUUCGGGUCUAAAAAUUAUUAAGAAAUGAUAUUCUCCGAAUUUUGUAUAGUUAUGAUCAAAAUUUCAUGUGUUUUAUGAAAAUGUUAUAAAAGGACGUUAGCACUGAAAAUAGCUUUGCUCGAUAUAAGUAAUUAGCGAAAUUGUCUGAAGAUGGUUCUGAUAAUAUAAAUAUAUUUUUGUUUUAAUGAGUACGUAUAAACCAUUUGAAUAUAUGAUUGAAUUUAUGAGAUGAAAAUGCAAAACUGUACACGCAUUCAUUACACUAAUCAUACGCGCAAGCUUGCUUCGUAUGAAUUUGUCAACUCAAUAAGUACGUCUGUUUGACAAAAUGUUUUCGAGAAAAUUGCAUUUAUAUUAUGAAACGAGGAACGGUACAUGAGAAGACCUUUGAUCGAAAUUUUUUAUAACUCGAUGAUGAUUAUAGAACUUAUAUACUUACAAUAAAAAACAAUUCGUACAUUAGUCAAGCACAUUUAAUUGAAGCGAAUUUUGUAUAAACUAUAUGCAAUAAUUAUUCUAAAUGCAUAAGCGACUCUGGAAUUGAUGAACGAAUUCUGAAAAGUCAUGAUCGUAGUUGAAUUAUCUUUAAAAAUAAUACUUGCGAGCAUUUAGAGUUGUGAGUAUGAAGCAAAAAUUUAAUGUUUAAUUGGAAUGUUAUAACUUUCUCUCAUGAAUCAUAUCGCUUAUUCAUUAUAUCACAGCAUAAUUGAAUAAAAAAUUAUUAAUUUCACGAU